UUUAAUUAAAAAAAAAUAUUUUUGCCCUUUUUUAUCCCAAAUCUAAUAAUAAAUUUGACUUUUGACGAAAGAAAAAAAUAGAAAUUUACUAUUAAAUUAACUAAUUAUCUUUUCUCUGUUUAGUCCUAUCGCAUGCACCGAGGUGGUCUCUGGUCUGAAUCAAUAGGAUAUAAAUUUGACGUUUCAACCGAAUUUUCCGGAUUUUGCUAAUCGGGUUCGAGUUGAAGAAGAAGGGACAGAUCUGAGUGUACCAGAGCAACUGGGAAAAUGGGCGAGUAUUCUUGGCCAACCGAGUCUCAGUUUAAGGCAAUGAAGGAAAAAGUCUCUGAGCUGUCUGGAAGAGGCACUGAGGAAGUCCGGGUUGUUGUCUCCCCUUAUCGGAUAUGUCCCUUGGGAGCCCACAUCGAUCACCAGGGUGGAAAUGUAUCAGCUAUGACAGUUAAUAGGGGAAUUCUCCUUGGAUUUGUUCCUUCUGGUAACCCUGAGGUUUUAGUGCAUUCAAAGCAGUUUGCCGGAGAAGUUAAGUUCAGAGUGGAUGAAGCCCAGCACCCAAAAGGUAUUGCUCUGAAGAACAGCAAGAUCCAUGCAAGUGAGUCUUCCCAGAUAAAAAAAUAUUCGAGCUGGGGAAAUUAUGCUAGAGGGGCGCUAUAUGCACUGCAGAGCAGAGGAAACCAUAUAUCACAGGGCUUCAUAGGAUAUAUUUGUGGUUCCGAGGGUAUGGACAGCUCAGGCCUUAGCUCUUCUGCUGCUGUUGGAGUUGCUUACUUGCUAGCUUUAGAAAGUGCAAAUAAUUUGAUGAUUUCACCUACUGAAAAUAUAGAAUAUGACAGGGUUAUUGAAAAUGAGUAUUUGGGCCUGAAGAAUGGCAUUUUGGACCAAUCUGCAAUCUUGCUUUCAAGCUAUGGGUGUCUAACAUACAUGGACUGCAAGACUAAAGAACACUGUCUUAUACAUCCACCGAAGUUGCUAAAGGACAACAAAACUGAAUUUCAGAAAGCAUACAAGAUAUUAUUGGCAUUUUCAGGCUUGAGGCAGGCUUUGACUACGAAUCCUGGAUAUAAUUACCGCGUUGCAGAGUGCCAAGAGGCUGCUAGGAUCCUUCUUGAAGCCUCUGGAAAUGUGGAAGUGGAACCUCGGUUGUGCAAUGUUGACCCAGAGUUUUAUGAAGCUCACAAGAGCAAAUUAGAGCAUGAUCUAGCCAAAAGAGCAGAGCAUUAUUUCUCUGAGAAUAUGCGGGUUAGGAAAGGACUUGAAGCUUGGGCUUCAGGAAAUCUGGAAGAAUUUGGAAAGCUCAUUUCAGCUUCUGGCCUAAGUUCCAUCAAAAACUAUGAAUGUGGUUCGGAGCCGCUGAUACAACUUUACGAGAUCCUCCUGAAGGCUCCUGGCGUAUUUGGGACACGGUUCAGUGGUGCUGGGUUCCGGGGAUGCUGUCUUGCUUUUGUAGAUACAGAUCAUGCUGAAAAAGCUGCUUCAUUUGUCAGGAAGGAGUAUCUUAAGCUGCAACCGGACCUGGCAAAUCAUAUAGAGGAGAAGGCUGUGUUAAUAUGUGAGGCUGGGGAUUGUGCUCAUGUUCGCAAGUACACAACUCAUUAACUUCAUCUCUGCAAGUUUAUUCAUCCAUUUCAUUUUGCAGGAGCAUAUAUAUGUAUGUAUAUUGUCAUUCAUUCGGGUAUAUCAACUAUGAAUGUACUGAAAAUUAUUCACUUCAUCAUAAAUACAAGUUCUUGGGCAUGUUGCAACCCAUUUCUUUCUCUAUA